UGGAAGAAAAGCUGCUGGACAUGGACCUGUCUAUAGACCCAUGGACACGUUAAGGUUUGAAUGUGAUCCUGGCUACACCCUGAUUGGCAGCCAUCAGAUUCAGUGCCAAGAUGAAGGAACCUGGGAUCUUCCUGUUCCAAUCUGCACACAGGCGUUGCCGUGUCCCCCACCUCCGGUCAUUGUCAAAGGGAAGCACAAUGCCAAGCCACUGGCAGCUUUCCCCAGUGGAACAUACGUGAACUACAGCUGUGAACCCGACUACGCCCUCAGUGGAGAGGCUUCGAUCUAUUGUACCACAUCUGGAACGUGGAGCCACCCUUCUCCUCUAUGUGAAGAUGGCUGUGGUGUCCCAAUGAGGUUAAGCUUUGCUGAGCUGAAGAGCGAGUAUAAAAAUCAGUCUGCCUUUCCUGUUGGGAAGACUAUAAACUAUACUUGCCGGCCUGGAUACAGCAGACAGCCGCAGAUACCACCCACUAUUACAUGCCUUCAAAAUCGAAUGUGGUCAGAAGCACUCAAGUUCUGUAAAAAGAAAUCGUGUGGUCAUCCAGGAGAGCCAGAGAACGGCAGAGUUAUUAUAACAGAUAUUCUCUUUGGGUCAACCGUUAGCUUCAUGUGUGAAGAAGGGCACCGGUUGAUUGGACAGCCUUACAGACAAUGUGAGAUUUCUGGCAUGCGUGUUGCAUGGAGUGGUGAAGUUCCCAUUUGUGAGAAGGUUAGAUGCCCAGCCCCGCAGAUCCAGAAUGGAAGAAGAGUAUCUGAUGACAGACGUGUCUAUUCGUAUAAAGACAAUGUUACCUUUGAGUGUGAUCCUGGCUACACCAUGAAGGGUCACAAUCUGAGUCAGUGCCAAACUGAUGACACAUGGGAUCCACCUUUGCCGGUCUGUGAGCAAGCCACGUGCUUAGGCCCAGAAGUGGAGAAUGGCAGAACAAAUGGGGUACAGCCUGCCUACAGACCCAGAGACAUUGUUGUGUUUGAAUGUGACCCUGGUUACACCUUGAGCGGCAGCCCCAAGACUCAGUGCCAAGAUGAUGGUAGAUGGGAUCCUCCUGUCCCUGUCUGUGAAAGAAUGCUGCAGUGUCCUUCUCCUCCAGCCAUCGCCAAUGGGAAGCCCAGCGGCCGGGACUUGGCAGUGUUCAGCAGUGGAAUGUCUGUAAAUUACAUCUGUGAGCCCGGCUAUUCCCUUACUGGGCAGGCAUCUAUUUAUUGUAUGGCAUCCGGAACUUGGAGUCCUCCCCCUCCUCGGUGUGAAGAAGUUCUCUGCAUCGCCCCAGAAAUCCAGAAUGGAAGAAAAAUAGCUGGACGUGGACCUGUCUAUCGACCCAGGGACACGGUUAGGUUUGAAUGUGAUCCUGGCUACACCCUGAAUGGCAGCCAUCAGAUUCAGUGCCGAGAUGAAGGAACCUGGCAUCCUCCUGUUCCAGCCUGCAUAGAGGCAUUGCCGUGUCCCCCACCUCCAUUCAUUGUCAAAGGGAAGCACAAUGCCAAGCCAUUGGCAGCUUUCCCCAGUGGAACAUAUGUGAACUACAGCUGUGAACCUGGCUACGCCCUCCGUGGAGAUGCUUCGAUCUAUUGUACCACAUCUGGAACGUGGAGCCUCCCUUCUCCUCUAUGUGAAGAGAUCAGAUGUGCAUUCCCAGAAGUUCAAGGUGGCAAGAAGGCAGUAAUGGGAAAUACAUAUCCAUUUGGAACUUAUGUUACUCUGGAAUGUGACAACGGUUAUGUGUUGGAAGGCAGCAGUCUGAUACAGUGCCAACAUGACUUUACCUGGGAUCCUCCUGUGCCAGUCUGUAGUCCCAGUUCCUAUAACUUCAUCUCAGUAGUCCUUGGGAUCACAGGUGGUGUGCUGUUGCUUCUCUUGGUUAUCAGCAUUAUGUGGAAGAUUAUAUCUAAGCAGAAUGCAGGCUACUACUAUACACAUGAAAACAAGUACCAGAUACCUUUGGCCCACGUAACUGAACAAAAAAUUUCAUUUGCACCAUAGCAGGCAGGAAACUGCUUCUCAUCAUGGUCGAGUAUUUUGCCUGGAGAACACGGAAGCAUUUCCUUCACCAUCUUUGUGGGUAAUUUACCUUCUUGCAACGAAGUUCCCUAGGGGAAAAUGCAAAGUCAUAGCACAUUGCGACGUUAUUACUGCAGCUGCUUCCAUUAGAUGCUUAUAGCAGUUUAGUUCAUUAAGAUCAACUUUACACAGCACCAGACUGUAGCUUUUAGGCCUCCUUCAUACCCUCCUGCUGUUUGUCCAUGUAAAUGUCUUGCAUGCAGACUUCUGAAAUGAACAAGACAUGCUGCAGCAUCAAGGAUGCUUACUCCUCAGAUUAUGCUCUGGCCUUCUUUCCCUUUCAUGGUAAUUCUUGUUUCUGAGCAGUUGACUAAGCAAUCUGUCACUUGGAGGAGGAGAAGAGACACGGGCCGCUGAGCCUGACUUGAUCAGAAACUGCAAGCACAAGACCCUGAACUUCCUCCAGAGCAUGCUUCAUUGACCUCCACAGCGGGUCAUCUUGAAAAGUUUGGGAAGCUUGUGUGUGUGAGAAAGGAACCUUUAAUUUUGAGGGGUUCAUGGAUUUUGAGUGCUUCAUGACUGCCAACCCUGUAUCUUUUUAGUUUCACUUGCUCGUCAAAGACACAGCACUUAAUGUCCUUCACCUUAUAGUAGAGAUACAAUCAACUUUUUACAACCCUUUGUAAUUUUUAACCCCUCUAAAAACAAGACUAGGAUGAAAUUUUGUCUUCAAUAGUCAAUUUUUUCUUCUUGGAUCACUUACUUUAAAAUGACUUAAUAGGCAUGAAA